AUGAAAUCAAACGCAGAACAGGCAAUAGGGCGAAGGGUGUCAGGCAAACCGUGGAAAUAUCAAAAGACAGCAACAAGACGUUCGCAACUCCAACCUAGUUUACGCAAAGGUUGGGACGAACGUUUAGCUGAACGAAAAGAGAAGGAGAUCACGAAACUUUUGGAACAGGAACUGAAGAACGAAGUCACCUUGGAAAAAGAGCGAAAACGUGAAGCUGCGUUGAAAAGGAAACAAGCAUUGGAAGAAAAGGAAAAACAAGAAAAAUUGGCAGCUAUAUAUUCGGCAAAGAAAUUGAAGAGACUGCAGAGUCGGAAAAGGAAAGCAGCUAAGAAAUGA